AUGACUGUUGCUCGGAAUGUGUUGAAAUUGAAUGAUGAAGAGAAAAGGAAUUUGAAAAAUAUUUUGAUGAAUGAGAGGGUCUCCAUCACCAUUGAUACAUGGACUUCUAUUCAGAAUUUGAACUAUAUGGUCAUCACGGCGUAUUGGCAUGAUUCGAUUGCUAGCAUUAGACAUGCUGUAAGAUAUGUUAAGUCUUCUCCCGCUAGGCUCAAAAGGUUUAAAGAAGUUGUCAUAGAAGAAAGAAUUGAAUGCAAAAGACUUCUAUGCUUAGAUGUCCAAAUGAGGUGGAACUCUACAUAUCUCAUGCUUAAUAUUGCAUUAAAAUUCCAAAAGGCAUUUGAAAGUAUGGAAUCAGAUGCAAAUUUCUUGAAGCAUUUUGAUGAGGUUGAUAAAGAUGGAAAGAAAAAGGAAGGGCCGCCUACUGAAACGGGCUGGGAGAAUGCAAUGGUCUUUGUGAAGUUUUUGGAGACUUUCUACGAGGUUACAUUAAGGUUUAGCAGAUCAACCUAUGUUACGACGGACAAGUACUUUAUUGAAAUAUGUAAUAUGCAACGCACUUUGUAUAGAAUGGUAGUUGAGGAGGAUGACCCGUUGUUAAGGAGUAUGGCACAGAGCAUAAGAGUGAAAUAUGACAAAUACAGGGGAAAUAUUGAAGAAUGUAACGAGGCCCUUAUAAUUGUCUUGGUUCUUGACCCAAGAUACAAGCUCAAGUAUCUCAAUUAUUGCUUCAAAGCUUUUUAUGGUCCACUGACAUGCGCUCAAAUGGUUAAUGAGCCAUCUAUGACCCAGUCUCACUAUAAGGCUCAGCCUAGUGGAUUUUCCUCUUCCUCAUUCACUUCUACUUCUAGUUUUAAAAUGUAUGCUUCGUUGCAUGAUGAGUUUUUACAACAAAGGAAAGAGGAAGAUGGUGGUAAGACAAAGAAUGAGGUUGAUAGGUAUUUAACUGAGGAUGUUGAACCUAUGAUUAAGGGUGAAAACUUUGACAUUUUGAAAUGGUUGGCCAAAAAUGCAUCCAAAUACAAGAUCUUGUCAACCAUUGCUCGUGAUGUGUUAGUCAUACCAGUUACAACUGUUGCUUCUGAGGCUGCCUUUUCGACUAGUGGUCAGAUUUUAGAUCAUUUUAUGAGCUCACUGAGUCCUAAAAUGGCUGAAUGUUUAAUAUGUCUCAAAAACUGGUGGAGUAUUUCACAUCAACCAAUCAUUGUUCGAGACUAUAUGGAUGAAGUAGAAGUGCUAGAGACAUCAGAGAUUCUCAAGUAUGAGAUCACAUGUGAUACUACAACUGCUGCUACAGGCACUGCUAGUGAAAAUGUUUAUGCUUCGCCUUUUGGUUCUAUUAAUGCUCCAUCUACACAUCCUCAUCUGCUACACAAGGUUUACAUUAUUUUGGAAUUGGAAAUUGGGAAGGAGAAAUGA